AUGACAGAAAUAUAUAAACCUCCAAAUCUUCCUACUAUAAAGCAUUUAUCCAGCACGGUUCAAACAUUGACUCAAUCUUUUAGAGAUGCUAGUAGUGAGACUUUGGAUUUUAAAAAUGAAUUUUUUGAAAGUAAAAUUUCGUUGAUUAAAAAGGAGAGAAUGGAAUUCCGUUCAGUUGCUACUGACAUAACUCACCAAUGUGACAGCUUAGUUAAAUUUGGUGAAGAAUUAAUGAUCUUUAUUGAAUCUCAUAGUGAUGAGUCUGUUCCUAACGAAGAUUUAUUGGAAUGUUUGAAUGAUUUUUUAAGAGUUGCUAAAAAAAAUAAAACUGCAACAGAAACUACCCAAUCCAAAAUUAAAUCUCUCGCAGAUAAUAUGAAAACCGUUCAUGAUGAGUUGGUGGAUUUUGAUUUAGACAAUAUGGAAAAUAUUGAUCCUAAAACAUAUAAAAACUUAAAAAUGACUAAAGUAAUUUCAACGCUCGCUUGUAUUAUGGGAGCUUAUGUAAAUUUAGGUGCGACAAAAAAAAAAGAAGCUGACAAAUUAAGUGUCGUUUUAAGUCAAAAUAAAAAACAAAUGAAGGCCAAAUUAGAAAGUUUGCAAGAUAAUUCUUCUCUGAUACAUUUGACUUUACGUGAUAUUGAAGGUUUCUGGGAGUCUCGUGUUUCUGAAUUAGAAAGACUUAUUGAACGGUUUGAAAGCUUCAGUAAACGUGAAUCUCGUCCUAGCAAAUUAUUUAUUAGACGUUUUGAAGAAGAGUGGAAGGAAAUAAUUAAAGAAUAUAAAGGUUGCUCUCGUAUUAUAAGAAAGGAAAUAGAGAAUGAUAUGAAAUAA